AUGUCGCUACGUGAUGGCCUAAGAUUCACUUUAUGGAGACAAUCAACUCGGUCCGGCCGUUUUCAUAUACUUGGCUAUGAUGGCGAGGAUGUCAGGCGGGACACUGUUCCCAUUCUGGAUGCUUCUAUCCACUGGAAUGAGGUGUCGGUGUGGUUAAAUACGACAGUCGAGGCAAAAAAAGUCGGACUGUCCAAUCAUACCCUGCAAAGGCUGAAGGUGAUUGAUGUUCAGCAUGACCAUGUCAUCUAUGCACCCGCUCAUUGUCGAUAUCUUGCCCUCAGUUAUGUGUUUGGAAAUGUGAAGAAAAUUCAAGUCCCACCUUCGGGGUCAUUUGAUCGACAUCAACUACCCGCAACUAUCCGAGACGCGCUAAUCGCGUGCCAAAAGAUGGGAUUUAGAUUUCUGUGGGUGGACCAACUAUGUAUCAAUCAACAAGAUCAGACCGAGGUCCAGGAACAAAUUGACCAGAUGAAUCAUAUCUAUCGCAACGCCGCCUGUACUCUUGUUGCGCAGGCGGGGGAGAACUCCCUCUAUGGAUUACCCGGAGUGAGCAAGAGGCGAGAAUGGGAGCAAAUCACGCUUCAGCUUUACGACGACACCAUAGUCCAACUAUCUCAACCCUUGGCUACGUGCAUGCAACAAACCAGAUGGGCGAGCAGAGGCUGGACCUUCCAGGAAGAGAUGUUCUCUCAAAAACUAAUAUGUUUCACCGACUGUGGUCUUGUAUAUCUGGACAAAGGCCUCUAUUACCCCAGACUUAUCUCGGAGAAACUCGGGGAUUCGACUGCAUGGGCUAGCUAUUAUUCACUAGAUAGCUAUUUCUCUACAUUAGAUCGAUACACCGCGCGAAGCCUCACGUUCGUCUCGGAUAAGAUACGCGCAUUCACGGCUAUCUUGAAUGAGCACUAUGGGCAAGGAAAUCACCACUACGGAAUUCCUCUGCAACAGAUUGAUCGAGCCAUGCUGUGGCAUCCAUAUUCAAUAGGUCGUCGUCAGCUCACUCAGAUUGAACGCGAAUUUCCUUCAUGGUCUUGGGCAUCGCACCCUGGUGAGAUCCGCCAUCUCCCAAGCGCCGCUCCUCUAGCCAUUUGGGCAAAGGCGGAGAUAAUUGAAUCCACUGUCAAUAUGAGGGUUAGCAAACCGGCCCCAGACACCAAAUGGGAGGCCAGCUACGAGUUGCAGAGACGGGAAAUCAUACCCUGCAUAUGUGCAGCAUGGGAGGCAGGGUGUAUCGGCAGUCCAUUUCCAGGUGACAUUAACCUCUGCACUGCGACAGUGUCUCGCCUGAUGACCAUAUGGCCGACCUAUGAUUCAUAUUGGGAGGGAGCCUUUGGCCCCCAACUGCAUAAUGGCCUUUUCACAAUCGACCACAUCAGACUGCCCUCAUCUAUAGAUCGCCUUCUCAUGGUCCAUUGUCAAGUUGCAUACUUUAGCGUGCACUAUCCAGAUGGAAAACCUCUCAAUCAAUUUUCGAGGUGGCCUUUCUGCAUUCGUUCCUCUGGUGGAAGCCUGGUAGGGGCUAUAUGGAUCGCAGAAUAUUUUAAAACCCCUUCCUCACCGUGGAAAGGAGAGUUUUUACUCUUGUCGGUAUCAAAGAACCCACAUUUCGAUCUUGACCUGGCAUUAGAUGCUGAAAAUGACGAUCAUGACUUCCUGGAUAUAUUACCUCGGAAUGAACGAGGACAACUGCCCGAUCCUAAUUUCCCGGCCUAUGCAAAAUUCAUGGGCGUGAAUGUGGUGAAUGUGAUGCUUAUCGGACGGUCAACGAAUGAUGGUAUCGCGCGCCGUAUCGGAGUGGGACAGAUCUUUCUCAAGAGGUGGGCUGAAGCGGAGAGACAGUUUAAAACUGUUGUUCUGGAAUGA